ACACUGAAAAGGCAAAAUGGCAGACAAGGAAUUGGCAGACACGUCAUUUUCUUCAUCACAAGCUUCAAACCCACUGUCUAGGAAGCUUAACAAAAUAUUGGAAACUCGGCUUGACAAUGACAAAGAAAUGCUUGAAGCACUUAAGGCAUUGUCAGUAUUCUUUAAUGAGAACAGUUUACGUACAAGAAGAAAUCUAAGAAGUGACAUUGAACGCAGGAGUUUAGUCAUCAAUGAAGAUUUCUUACAAGUGUUCCAAUCUGUAAAAGAGCAACUUGACAGUGUGUAUAAUGAUGUUAAGUCCAUGAAUGAAUGUUGUCAGGACAUGACAAGCAGGCUCAAGGCAGCCAAAGAACAAACACAUGAUUUGAUAAAUCAAACAACCAAGUUACAGUCAGAAAGUCAAACCCUGCAAGUUAAGGCCCAGGUGGCAGAUGCAUUUCUGGAGAAAUUCCAGCUGAAACCAGAGGAGGCCACAGCUUUGAGGGGGAAUCGGGAUGGAACAUUACACAUGGACUUCUUCAGGGCAUUGGCUAAAGCAAAGGAAAUUCACAAACACUGCAAGGUGUUACUGCGGACAAACCAACAGACAGCAGGUCUGGAAAUCAUGGAGACUAUGGCCCUUCAUCAAGAAUCUGCAUAUGAACGUCUGUACAGAUGGGCCCAAAAUGAGUGCCGAAUGCUGACGGGAGACUCCCCAGAUAUGUCGUCUAUGUUGUGUCAGGCUAUGGAAGCUCUCGAGGACAGACCUGUACUCUACAGAUAUACAUUAGAUGAGUUUGGUACUGCCAGGAGGACGGCUGUUGUUCGUGGACUCAUUGACGCAUUGACUAGGGGAGGUCCAGGGGGAAUGCCACGCCCCAUAGAGCUACAUUCACAUGACCCGACUAGGUAUGUUGGGGACAUGCUUGCGUGGCUACAUCAAGCUGCAGCAUCAGAGAAGGAACACCUCCAGUCCCUCCUCAAGAAGUGUCAAUCUAAUGAAGAACAGGUACAGGACAUCUUGGGCCAUAUAACAGAAGGAGUAUGUCGACCAUUCAAGGUGAGGGUGGAGCAGGUUUUGGUUUCGGAACAGGAUGCAGUCACCCUCUACAAACUACACAACCUCCUUAAGUUCUACCACAAUACAAUCAGUCAGAUCAUCUGUAAGGAUGCAGCCCUGCUGAAUACUGUAGCUGAAAUACAAGACUUGAGCCACAGAAUGUUCUUUAAUAGUCUCAACUGUAAUGCCAACAAACUCCUGGACAAGGUGGAAUUACCUCCCUCUGAUCUUGGUCCUACAAGUUCUUUGAAUCAAACACUGCAGCUGCUGAAAGAUGUACUUGCUUGUCACGAUGCAUCUGUGGUUGCCAUAGACGACAAGAAACAAGACUACAAACAGAUCCUGUCCUGUGUAAUAGAUCCUCUGGUCCAGAUGUGCUCUGUGUCUGCAAGUCGACUAAACUCGACUGACAUGGCUGCUUAUAUGGCCAACUGUAUAUAUCUGAUGCAGACUACACUAGCCCUGUACGAGUUUACAGACACACGACUUGAGAUGCUCCAGGCUCAGGUGGAUGCCCAGGUAGACACACUUGUGAGCGAGCAGGCUUCAUUUGUACUCAAUAAGGUCGGCCUGGCCUUUGUGUACGGGACAGUUCAACAGCAUCAACCUAAACAGGGUCCUAUGUCAGUCCUACCUGAUAUGGAUGGACCUGCUCUUAAAGCUGCUAUGUCCAAGUUUGAUAGUUACAUGGCAUCUCCAGACUCACUAGUGCUGCCCCAGAGUCGACUCCUUCUGAGUGGACGCGUCAGAGAAAUGGUGAAGAAGAAUUCCUCAGACUUGAUAUGUGCUGCGUACAAACAGAUCUACGACGCUAUCUGUAACCCGGCAAAUGAGUACAAGGAAUCGCCAAGUAUAGUGCCACGUACCCCGGACCAAGUGGUCAGACUGCUGUCGUGAUACUAAAAAUAUGAUAGAAAUUAUCAUUAAAAAGACAAUGGGAUUUAUUAAUAUUAAGUGAUAUACAGUGUUGAAGGUGUUUUUUUUUUAAUUUAAAUGAUCUUUGUAUUCAGAUGUUAACAUUUGAUGUAAAGUAUAGCUGUGAUACAAAAUUAUAAAUAUGUAUGAAAGUAAACAGUGAUAUGAAUGGUUUAUAUAGAGGGGGAGAUCAUCUUUUGGUAAAAUAAAAAUUGUGAAAACUUAAAUUUAACUUUAUUAUCUUUCCAAUAUUGUUUGUUAACUACAUUGCAUGCCAGAUUGUUUUAUUACAUUAUAAAACCUUGGAUGCUGAUUGGACAACUGCAAGCGAGAGUUUUCAUAGAAGUAGCAGUACCCAGAUCCUGUAAACCUUUGGUCUUCUUGUGUGACACUGGAGGUCCUCCCAAAUGGCAAUAUUAACAACUUGACAAUAAAAAACAUCUUGUAAGCUUUA